ACUUCAUCUUCUGAUGCUUCAUCUCUGGUUCCGCCAAGCUUUACUUCAAACUGUGUUUUUAAGCAAUUCACACAUUAACUGAUGAUACCUUGGGCAUUUGACGAGAGUAUUGUCCCAUAUUCUGAAAACAAAAGGACCUAUUUCCUCUUUGAUUGGUGUUUCUUCAGUCGUACUGGUCAGUAAUAAUGUUGAGUCGCUCUUGUAGUUGAGGCGAUAAUUGUUGCUUAAAUAGAGGAUUUUUCUGAGCUUUCCGAUUGUUAAUUCGGUAUCUACUCGAAUCCUGUCUUCAUUGGUGUAUUCGAUGUUUUCAGGAUCGUCUGUUGUUGGAUAUUUUCCAUUACUUAUUCCCAUAAUAAUUACUUUUGAUGCGGGACAGCUAACUCCUGUUUCUCCUAUCUCGGUUACUUGGAAUUCCGGGUUUUCAAGAUAAAUAUUUUUUUUUUGCGAAUUCAAUACUAUGCGUGGAUGAAGAUAAGGCGUAUCCAACAGCAUAUGUAAUUGAUAACGGAUGAUCUCCGUCUUCCAAAAGAUCAUGUCGUUGAAAAUCGUAGAUAAUUCCAAUAGAAUUAUUAAGGUUUUUUGUUGUUAAUGGUAUGCCAUAUUGGCAAACCACGUUAAAUUUAACAACUGAAUGUUUUAAAUUACUAUAUACUAUUCCGAUCAUUUUGUCAUUUUCGUCUUUGUCAGUUACCACUAAUCUAAUUGGAGAAUCGAUAUUCUUUUUAAAUGUUGACCUUACUAUUAUUUGACUUCUUACUAUGUGUAUAUAUGAUAUUUUUUCUUGAUGACUUGGUUUCAUUUUACUUAUCUUUUAGUUUAUAGCUUCAGAUGAAAUUACUGGUAAUGUAAAUUCUCAGCGAGUUGAUUCAAUUGGUAAAGGAAAUUCUCGUAUAAAUUUUCCAAAGUACAAUACAUUUUUUUAUUUUUUAAUAUUUCUGAUAACCUAAUUCUACGUACGUCUUGAUCAUUCUUUAACGGUAUCUUCUAUUUUUUGUAUUUAUAGUUCUACAGGGCAUUCACGAGUGAAGCGUGAAUCGUCUCCAUGGUUUUAUCCUGGGACUCUAUAUUCGUACAGUCCCGUCUCACUACGGAGCGAAUAUAAAAAGUUAAGGAAAGAGAUAUCAUAUCUCGACUCCAUGAUCGUUUAUGAAAACGUUUUCCAUUUCGGUUUCAUUUCGCUUAUUCAAUCGUUUCUUUCCUUAACAUCUCGCAUUUAUUAUAUCGUUUAUUUGAUUCGGUUUCCCGGCUUCUACAAUCUUAACUCUUUAUCGCUUUAUAUCUAAAGCUUUUAAUCGAGUUGAAUACGAUUUAUAAAACGGAUUUUUUUCAAGGAUUUGAAAACGGUUCUUCAAACGAUUUUGCGAUUUGCUCUGUAGCACUUCCGCGAAACGUUUCUUACUUAUCUCAAAACGGUUUGCAUUUUUCUCUCUAGCACUACUGUAACGUUUUUGAUCUACGUUUUUUGUUUUAUUGAAACGAUGUUUGCGAUUAGAUAUUUGCUUAUCCGCGAAGCGUUUCUUAUUUCUUCUUUAAACGGGUUUGCGGUUUGCUUAUAGCACCAUCCGCGAAACGUUUAACAUACAUUGUUAUUCAAAACGUUUUGUGUUCGAAUCGUUUCCACGAACACUUCAUAAAGCGAGUUUGUGAAACGAUCUAAAGUCUACACCAACGGUUUCUGCAAAUGCUUUAAGCGAGUUUGCAAAACGUUUUUGCAGACUUAAAUCGAUAUGAUUUGGUUCAGACACCAAAAAUGACAAUCGAUUUAGACUAUUAUUUUAUUUUUAUUUUUUAUUUAAAGUAAUAAUCUGUUAUUUGUUGAUUGGAGUACUGAUCCACUUUAUUGUUUUCUUAACAGAAACAAAAAAAUGACGGAUGCAAACAACACCCCCAUUGACACCACCAUCAAUCAAACUCCACUCAACAUGUCAGCAUCUGAUGCAACUGUGACAACUGUUGGAACCAUUGCGGACACAACAUCAACAUCUGCUCCAUUGGCAAAUGUUACCGAUGAUACCACACGCCGUAGCCUUUUCGGUGCUGGUCUUUAUCAAACUGGUUCAGCUACAGGAACCUCAAGUGGUCCGGUUGUGGUUACAACUCCUCCGUCUGUGCCGAGUGUGUUCACUCAAGGACUGAUGCCAGAAAAGUUUGAUGGCAAAGGCUUCAAAACGUGGCAGAAGAAGAUGAUGUUCUUCCUAAAAACGAUGAAGCUGGACAAGUUCAUCCAGGAGGAUAAGUCCCUUGUCCCUUACGCGGAUUGAUGAUGUGCACACUCUCGCAAGUGUUGAAAUUUGGGUGCAUUCUGACUUUGUCUGCAAAGGCUACAUUUUGGGUCGCCUCAUUGACCCAUUGUAACGUGUCUACUUUGACAUUCCAACGGCGAAGGAGCUAUGGAGAUCACUUGACAAGAAGUACAGAGGUGAGGACGUUGGCUGCCAGAAGUAUGUGGUUGCAAAAUUCCAUGACUUCAAAAUGGUGGAUUCAAAACCCAUCAUGGAUCAGGUGGAAGCGUUUCAGCUCAUUUGCCAUGAAAUCGCUGCUGAAGGGAUGUCCAUCUACGAGACAUUCACAACUCUCAGCUUCAUUGAAAAUCUUCCUCCAAGCUAUGCAGAUUUCAAGAACUACCUGAAGCACAAGAAGAAGAAGAUGGUCCUUGAGGAGCUUAUCAUGAGGCUUCAGAUGGAAUCCAGGAACCGAAUUGCUGACAAGAUCAAUGCUAAGGAGCAUAGUUUCAACAUGGCUGAGCACAAAGGCAAAGGAAAGGCACACGUCCGUUCUCCUGCAAAGCUUUCCAAAACUGCUGAAGCACUGAAGGCUUCUGACAAGAUCAAUGCUAAGGAGCAUAGUUUCAACAUGGCUGAGCACAAAGGCAAAGGAAAGGCACACGUCCGUUCUCCUGCAAAGCCUUCCAAAACUGCUGCAGCACUGAAGGCUUCUGGGAAAAACUUCAAGAACAAAGGCAUUGAAAUCAAUGCGAAUGUGGAGAAAUUCAAGGGGAAAUGUCACUACUGCAACAAAGUGGGACACAAGACUGCUGAGUGUCGCAGGAAGAUCAAGGAUGAGAAGGCUCAGGCGAAUCUCACUGAAGAGGAUCUGGUUGCAAUGGUGACUGAGGUCAACAUGGUUGAAGGCAACAACCCCAGGGAAUGGUGGUAUGACACAGGAGCAACCACCCACAUUUGCACCGAUAGGGCGAUGUUCAGCACCUAUCAGAAAAGCAAGACUCAGGAGAAGCUGUUCAUGGGGAAUACUGCAGUCUCCAAGAUUGAAGGCCGCGGCGAUGUGGUUUUGAAGAUGACAUCUUGAUGUGAAGUCACUCUGAAAAAUGUGACGCAUGUGCCUGACAUGAGGAAGAACCUGGUCUUGGGAACCUUUCUCAGCAAGAAUGGAUUCGCCACAAGUCUUGAGGCGGAUAAGCUCGUGAUUAGGAAGAAUGGGAUGUAUUUGGAAAAGGGGUAUGUUAAGGAUGGACAUGUCAAGAUGAAUGUAAUGACAGUCCCUCCGAAAGUUGUAGCUCCAAAAGUUUCAACGAAUAAGAAGCCAAUUGCUUAUUUGGUUGAGUCUUUUAAUAUAUGGCAUGAAAGAUUAUGCCAUGUAAAUAAUAAAUCUAUACGAAGAUUAAUGAAUUUAAAUUUAAUUCCCAAAUUUAAAACAAGUAAACAAAAAUGUGGAGUAUGCGUACAGGCUAAACUCACAAAACCACCCUCACCUCGUGUUGAAAGAACUAAUAAACCUCUAGAUUUAAUUCACACUGAUUUAUUUGAUUUAAAAUACAUGCCAACUAGAGGUGGAAAAAGUACUUUGUGAACUUCAUAGACGACUGCACAAAAUAUUAUUAUGUUUAUCUUUUACAUAUAAAAGAUGAAAUCUUAGAAAAAUUCAAAGAAUUUAAACUCGAGGUCGAAAAUCAGUUUAAAACAACUAUUAAGGUAGUUAGAAGCGACAGAGGAGACGAGUAUGAUGGUCCAUUCAAUUCAUUUUGUAAGGAACAUGGAAUAAUCCAUCAAACUACAGCCCCUUAUUCACCAGAAUCUAAUGGAGUUGCUGAACGAAAAAAUCGAACUCUUAAAGAGAUGAUGAAUGCAAUGUUGCAGGAAUUUGGGUCACCCCAGAACAUGUGGGGGGAAGCGUUGCUUACCACUAAUUAUAUCCUCAACAAGAUUCCACACAAAAUAACUUGCAAAAUACCAUAUGAAUUAUGAAAGGUAAUUUACCUUCGUAUAAAUACCUCAAAGUGUGGGGGUGCUUGGCAAAAGUUGCGGUACCGCCACCAAAGAAGGUCACUAUUGGACCUAAAAUAGUGGAUUGCAUUUUAAUCGGAUAUGCACAUAACAGUACUACAUAUUGAUUUCUGGUACAUAAAUCUGAAAUAUCAGACAUCCAUAAAGAUUCAGUCACGGAGUCUAGAAAUGCAUCUUUCUUCGAAAAUAUUUUUCCAUACAAGGAAAAACAAAAUUCAAAACGAACUCGAGAAGAAAGAGACAACGACAAUGACUCAAAAAUUGAGACAAACGUUGAAGUUUCUAUAAAUGAUAUUUCAGAAAAUGAAGAAAAAGAUGAACCUCGGAGAAGCAAAAGAGCUCGAAAAGAGAAAUCUUUUGGUGAUGAUUUCCUAAUGGCAUUUCUAGUAGAAAAUGUUCCAAAAACUUUGGCAGAAGCUAUGGCUUCACCCGAAGCUCCGUUUUGGAACGAAGCUGUCAAAAGUGAAUUCGAUUCUAUCAUGCAAAAUCAUACAUGGUACGUAACGGAUUUAUCAUGGCUGCAAAGCAUUAGGUAAUAGAUGGAUAAUGACACGAAAACCUGGUGGAAAAUAUAAAGCUAGGCUUGUAGUUCAAGGGUUCUGACAAAAGGAAGGCUUUGACUAUUUUGGUACAUAUUCCCCAGUAACCAGAAUAACAUCUUUAAGGUCGAUGAUAGCUAUCGCAGCCUUAAGAGACUUAGAAAUCCAUCAAAUGGAUGUAAAAAUAGCUUUUCUAAAUGGUGAUUUAGAAGAAGAAAUUUAUAUGAAACAACCUCAGGGUCAUGUCAUUCCUGAAUGGGAUUGUAGAAUUUGGUUCAGUAAAAGCUUCGACACAGACAUGUUUAUAUAGUUGGAGAAAGAGAGGAAGUUGGAAUUAUCAAGAGUGGUGAAACAGAAGAACAUGCAGAAAGUUAAAGCGAUGAAGAAUUUGAAGAGACAGAGGAGAAGGCUUGCCACAAAAAUAAUUUUUUGAGAAAUAGGUUUGACGUGCCAAAACAACUCUAUCUUAUUGGCUGAUUUUUUGGGCUGGCGUGGAUAGCCUCAAUGGUCUAGUUCAACCAAAUAUUGGGAUCAUUUUAAUUAUAACUUUUAUAAUUGAUUUUUUGUCUAUUAAAUAAUUUUUAAUCAGUUAUUUUUUUCGUCUAUUGGUAAAUCAGUAGAAAAAUGACCUGCAAACACAAUAAUUUUCAAAUGUUAUAUUAGUUUUACAAAAAUUUUAACAUGCUUGCAACCGCAACCAUCUGUCUUUACAAACUUCGCAUACGCAACUGCUGGCGUUUGAACCAGGUCUUAAAUGGUGAUCUUAAUUAAUAUCUUUCAAAGUUUAAAAUUUAACGAUUUGUAAAGUAUUAGUUUCUAUAGAUUAAUGAGAGUCUAGGCAUUAACAAAAAAAAUGUUUAUUUUGUAUUAUAUUAGA